AUGCAAACCCAAGACAAGAAAAUUUACACUCCAGAGGAGAUUAAAAAGAUAGCCCCAGGCUAUAGAGGGAAACCCGAAAAAUUCGAUCCAGCUAAGGUUGGAAAGAAAAGAGAAGGUCAACCCGCCAAAAAGCAGGGCCCGGCAACGCCGAAAGUGCCUGCACCAACAGCGACGGACAAAGCUGCAAACCCGACUCCACCCAAGAACGCUCCCAUGUGGGCUGACUCGGUGUUUGGAAUCGAUGUAGCCGUACGUGAGCUGAACGUCAACCAGGAGAUCACCCCAUCAUACGGGCGACUACAAGAGGUUGUCGAGGAAGUCUACUCCGCCAUCGGAGGAGACGACCAAUCAUUGAAUAAGCAAAUGACCAAAGGCAUGCUGAUGUACUACAGCACAGCAAUGCUAUGGGCACGCUUACUCGACAUUAAAGCCAAGCGUGGAAACACAAACUUGAGCUACGAGGAAAUUGAAUUCUGCAAAGCGAUCAUGCAGCACGAAUUUAACAUUCCCCAACCCAUCUACUUGCUCCUAAAAGGUAUAGGUGAGGUCAAAGAUCCGACAGGUAAAACUGUCUAUCUUGCAGACCACGCUUUGCCAGUAACAGUAGUGCAAGGUCAGGGAGGUUAUCACGCAGCAGCAGUGAACGCAGAGAACCACAACCUCUUCGAAGAGAUCCCGUCACUGGGUAUCAGCGGAGACGUUCUCAUGGCAGAAGCAUCGGAAGCGGUACAACCUGUACCAAACUUUCGUGUAAUACCUCAGAACACCCGAGCAACACGCGCAAUGUGCGGAAACUUCGGGCAAAUAGGCGCUCGCAAAGAGGAAGUUCGAAUCCUACUGAAUUCAGUGGGCAUAAGUAACAACCAAUUUGACGAAGUCGUCGGACGAACCCGUCUAAACAUCAACCUACUGCAGAAGGUCAGCGACUAUUUCGUGGGAUGUCCAACAUUCCGAAACGAAAAAGUAAAGCUGGACGCUCUUACAGUUGAAGAUGACGGUGUCCAACUCAUUAAGUCUCUACCGACUGAAGAGAAUGUAGAUCCGAAUGCGCGCUGGACGAGUCUAGUUAUUAGACCAAAUUCAGCAAACGCGAACGCGAUCACAGUAUUUGGUGCUUCAUACAUCAUGGGAUACCAACUACACAAAGAGCAGAUCGACGAAAGCCAUGCCAACUGGUGUUGCCUAGAGUCAUCAAAUGCUCAAAAUCCGUGGGCCGUUCCAGGACCAUGGAUAGAAAACCGAAACGCAAGGCGCGUUCUACCUCCGGGGUUUGGAAUUGAGAGAUUCGUCUCCAUCUCCGACUCCCAGAGAAAUAGGACAAACGCAAUAGUGCGUCGGAUGAUUAUCAGUCCACGAUAA